AUGUUCCAUCAGCCGCAGCAGCAGCAGCAGCAGCAGCCGUGGCAGCCUGGCACUGGUCCAGCAGCGCCGAUGACGACGUUUGGACAGGAUCCAACUCAAGGUGCUGGUAGUGGUGGAUAUGCUGCUCAACCGCUGUAUGCUCAGCAGCAGCCGCGACCAGCAGCAGCUCAAGCGUUCGAUGCGAAUCAUGGUGGUGCCGCCGCGUAUGGCCAGCCGAUGCAUGCCCCACCUCAGCCACAGCAACACUUUGCUCAGCAACCAAUGCAACCGCUGAUGAUGCCGCAGCAGCAGCAGCCGCAAGCCGUGCACGCGCAGCCGCCGCCGUCGCAGCCAACUCCACUGCCCUCGGGUGGCUCGACGCCCGCCCCGAUCGGUGGAUUGCCGCUGGGUGCCCCGGGAUUCCCUGAACAGCAGCAACUGGGACUGCGCACGCAGUCUCACGUGCUGCCGCAGCAGCCGCCGUCGUCGGGUGCCGCGUGGACACCUGCCAACGCAACAGCGCCGCCGACAAUCGCCACGUCCAUGAACCCUCCUCCCCCGGCAAUGUCAGCAGCUGGGCCUGCCGCUCCCGCGCCGUUCUCUGGGUUUCCCCAGCAGCAACAGCAACAUCAGCCGCCGCAAAGCUUUCAACAGCAACCCUUCCAGCAACCGCAGCAGGCGCCGACUGCAUUCCCUGCGCAGCCGCCGCUCCAGCCCGCUCAGCCACCACCCAUGCAGAGCGCCACUGCAGUGUCUGGUCAAGCUGCUCCUGGUCCUCCGAUCCGAAGCUCCUCCAUUCCUGGUCAGUCGACGUUCGCCUCCCAGCCCCCGCCGCCUCAGUCGCAACCCGCCGUGUCAAACAGCCAGUUUGCCCCUUUCAAUCCCAAUGCUCCGCCGCAACCAGUUGCCAGCCAGAGCCCACAGCCGAACGCCCCCUUCCAAACUCCCGGUGGUCUGGGUGGGAUGCCCUUCCAGCAGCAACCACAACAACAGUUCCAACCAUCACAGCCAUCACAAGUGCUUCCCGGCACAGCACUUGCAUCCCAACGUUCGUCGUUGACUGGAAGUAGUUCAACCGACCUCCUUCAGUCGCAACGCUCCGCGUCCGCUUCCUCCUUCCCCCCAGCCACUCUGCAACAGCCUGGUGCGCCUCUCUCGAACGGCAGCGCUCCAUCGGUGCCAACAGCCUCUGGCAACGUUGCGGGCUGGGGCAUGCCGCAAUCGAAUGGCAACAGCACUCCUGGUGCCAUGGGCGAUGGCCCGGCACCGGACGUUUCCCAAAACGCAGGACCUGUGAGCGCUGCCGCACCCGCAAAACGGCGCCACUACCCGACAGCGGGCGCUGGGCAAGCUUUUGGCGCAACUAACACUUCCCCUCCGAUUGGCAACGCACCGGGCGCGUUCAAUCCAGCCGGUCCUGCAUUCCCUGCACAACUUCCUCAAGGCGGAUUUGCGCCAGGCGCUAUGGGUGGCCCCGCUUUCUUGCCAUCCGGGCCUGACGCUUUGUCGACAGGCAUGGGCAACAUGAGUCUGCAGCAGCAGCCGUUGCAGCAACCUUCGCAGCAGCUCCCAUUCGCAAGCUUGCCAACUGCCCAGUUUGGCCAACCCGCGCCUGCCCAGUUUGGCCAACCUUCAGCCGUCCCGAGCGCUCAAGGCGCAGCAGGCUUCAUCCAAGCGCAACCACAAGCCUACAAUCCUGGCUUUGUCGGCAAUCAAGCUCCCAUGCUCUCCAACUCGCACAACCUGCUCCUUUCCAAGAACACGAUUCCCGACCGCAGACCCCGCCCGCCGCACCCGAUGGUGCCGCAGGAUCGUGUGGGCAUGAACUGCUCGCCCGACGUGAUGCGCUUGACAAUGAACGCCAUCCCCCGCACAGCCAACCUGCUCACCAAAUCGCGGCUACCGCUCGGCUUGCACAUUCAUCCGUUCGCAGAUCCCCGCUCCACAUCUGACGGCAUUGCUGGCGUGCCGUCCAUCCCAGUGGUUACGUCAACGCUCAUCAUCCGUUGCCGCACAUGCCGCGCCUACAUCAACCCGUUCGUUCAGUUCAUUGACCAGGGUCGCAAAUUCAAGUGCAAUGUCUGCUUCCGAAUCAACGACAUGCCGUCCGAGUUUGAUUACCAACAAAACCCCGAUGGAUCCAGCACUUACCUGGACCGAGCAACGCGGCCGGAGCUGACAGCCGGCUCGAUCGAGUACAUUGCUCCAUCGGAGUACAUGGUGCGUGCGCCCCAGCCUGCCGUCUACCUUUUCCUGAUUGACGUGAGCUUUGCGGCCGUCCAAAACGGCAUGGUUGCGUCGGCCUCGCGUACGCUUCUGCAACACCUCGAUCAGCUCCACGGCGACGCUCGUCUGCGUGUCGGCAUCAUCACGUACGACUCGACUGUGCACUUCUACAACCUGCAAUCGUCGCGCUCUCAGCCACAGAUGCUUGUCGUCUCGGACUUGGAAGAAAUGUUCCUGCCCUCGCCCGACGACCUCCUCGUCACGCUUGCCGAGAGCCGUGAGCUCGUUGUGAGCCUGCUCACCAAGCUCCCGACCAUGUUCCAAAACACCCAGAACGCUGUGUCCGCGCUUCCUGCUGCGCUGACUGCAGCUUAUCAACUUUUGAGUCCCACCGGCGGUCGUGUCACCGUGCUCCAAUCCACUCUGCCAUCGACAGGUCCCAACGCCUUGCAAGUUCGCGAUGAUGCUGCAUCGCGCGGCACUCCCAAGGAAAUUGCCAACUUGCAACCAGCCGACGAGUUUUACAAAAAGUAUGCCGUUGACUGCUCCCGCCAGCAAAUUGGCAUUGACACCUUCCUUUUCUCGAGCUCGUAUAUUGAUGUCGCAACGAUCGGCUCUUUGUCGCGACAUUCGAGUGGCAGCUGCUACUUUUAUCCAGGAUUCCAUGCCGCGCGCAAUCCAGACAUGAACACAAAGUUCAUUUCUGAGUUUGCUCGGAAUCUGACGCGUCCACUUGGUCUAGAGGCUGUCAUUCGUGUGCGCUGCACGCAAGGUUUGACCCCGCAUUCUUUCCACGGCAACUUUUUCCUCCGCCAAACCGAUCUGCUGGCUCUCCCCACCGUCAAUCCCGACCAUGGCUUUGGCAUGCAAAUUUCGCUGGAAGAAAGCUUCACCAACAUUUCGCAAGUCGUGUUCCAAACCGCGCUCCUGUACACAACGACGUCAGGAGAACGCCGCAUCCGUGUCCAUACCCUUGUUGUACCUGUCGUUGGCAGCAUUGGCGAGCUGUACGACGCUGCCGAUUGCGAGGCACUCGCUGGGCUUGCCGCAAAGAUGGCCGUCAAUCGCAUGUUGACAACCAAGCUUUCGGAUGCUCGCGACGGCAUUAUGAACAUGUGCCAGGAUAUUUUGUCGACCUACAAGUCUGAAGUGCUUUCCAGCAACGCGGCUGGCGGCUCGUUAAUGAUUUCCCCGACUCUCUCGCUGCUGCCUCUCUACCUGCUAGCUGCGUUGAAGAAUGCCGCCCUUCGACUUGGCAAAAACACGAGCAACGACGAACGCGCUUACGCGACAAUGCUGAUCCGGACGCUGCCCAUGCAUGAUUUGCUGAGAUUCCUGUACCCCAGCAUGUACGGCCUCCACGACUUGCCCACCCAGUGUGGCGUGCCCCAAGGCCAGGACAUUAUCCUGCCCCCGUUGCUGCCGCUCAACUCUGAGCGAUUCGAACGACACGGUGUUUACAUCAUUGAAACAUCGCAACUCAUCCUCAUCUGGGUUGGUCGCAACGUGGCGCCCGAGCUCUGCUCGGCGUUGUUUGACGUUGCCAACUUUUCUGCCAUUCCCGCUGGCAUGAUGUCACUUCCUCAGUUGGAUAACGACUACUCCCGACGAGUGCGCAACAUUGUCAAGAAGAUUCGCCACUCCUCUGUGCUCCAUCCGCUUCUCCUUGUCGUGCGCGAGGAUGACAUGCGGCUGCGACCUCUCGUCAUGUCGUACCUUGUUGAAGACAAGGGCGAAGCCUCUCCUUCGUACUUUGAGUUUUUGACCCAAGUGGCCAAAACCAACUCUUAG